GUAGUCACUAUGGUUGUUGGUCAAUUACUAGAAGUUGUUUUUCUAACUCUUCACUUAAAAUCCGUUCCUUUUUCUACUUUGAGGAAAAUUUAUAUCUUGCAAAGUGUUGGUCGAUAUUCUCAUCUUUGAAGUUGUUAAGAGUAUUGGAUUUAUCAUUAAUAAAAUAUUGGCAUGGCAUGCCUAGUGAGAUUGAGAAUUUGGUUCAUUUAAGAUAUUUUGCUUUAACAACUAUAGGUUCUGUUUGUAACUCUCAAUUGUUUAAGCUCAAAAGUUUGCAAACUCUCAUUCUCUCUGCGUGGACAAAGGAGUAUCAAUUGCAACUGCCAUGUGAUGUUUUGGAUUUGCCAUGGUUAAGGCAUGUGCGCUUUGACAAGGGAUCUUCAUCUUUUUAUCUCCCCGACUUGGUCCAAAAAAACUUACAAACUCUUUCAUGGUUCAAAGUUACCGGCCGGGACUCAAGAACCACAAACUUUACAAAAGUUCCAAAUCUGAAGGAGUUGGGGAUCUACAUUGAAGGUGAAGUAUUGCCUAAUAAUGCUCUUGACAGCCUUGCUGAGUUACAUCAACUUGAGAAGUUAAAGGUUAAAACGGGGAGGGUAGAGCGGUUUAAUCUCCCAAUUUGUUUUCCAUCAAACCUCAAGCAAUUGACCCUUAGUAACACGUAUCUUUCAUGGGAAGAUAUGGACAUUAUUGGCAAGUUACCCAAUCUUGAUUUACUCAAAUUGAAAGAUUUUGCCUUUUGUGGCCCAGAGUGGACACCCAAGGAUGGGGAGUUUUUACAACUACGGUUCUUCCUUAUUGAACACUCUGAUCUCGAAUGUUGGAAUGCAAAUGCAAAUCAUUUCCCAGUUUUGGAGCGUCUAAUUCUAAGAUAUUGCUUGGACUUGGAAAAUCUUCCAAAUAAUUUUGAGGAAGUUUAUACAUUGCGAUUAAUUGAGUUAGACAAUUGUUGUUCUUCUCUUGUGACAUCUGCGAUGGAGAUCCAACAAGCGCAACGAGGCUUGGGAUAUGAAGGACUUGUUGUUCGUGAUGUAACUAAGAUUGAGCUGCCAACCAAUGAAAGCUCGAAAGAAAGGAGCGAGUAUGCAAUUUGAUAAUUUUGUGUUUGAGGAAAUCUGGUUUAACCAAGGGAAUCAUAUACAAGUUACAAUGAUGCAUUGGCUUCAUUCCCAGAAAUGCAUCCUGGCUGCCUCAAGUUGUGGUGUUCUCAUUUGAUAUGUUGGAAUUUUUCAUAAGUGAUAAUCUAUUACUGGAUAGUGAGAUUAUUGAAAAUGUUAACUAUGAUUUGGUAUUUGGUUCUGAACUUACUCUAUCCAGACCAUGGUUCUUUGGGUUUAUUUGUCUGUUAUCACAAUGAUGUUUCAUUGAGUUGUUGUUGGAGUUCAUCUUCCAUAAUGUUGGUUGGUUGGUUGAACUGUUAUUGUAUCAAAACAAUGGUUCAUUGAAAUGUAUGAUGAUGUUGUA